CUAUAUAUAUAAACAUAAUCUCCUUCAACCAUUAUUCAACUGUAUAGUGCAAAAUUUAAAGAGAUAAAUAUAUAAAAGCACAAAAGAAAAAACAAAAUGGAGUCUAAAGCUCCCAUUCAAAUCCUCCUUGUAUCUUAUCCAGCACAAGGACACAUAAACCCUCUCCUUAGACUAGCAAAGUGUCUUGCUACAAAGGGCUCCUCUAUCAUUUUCACUACCACAAACAAAGCUGGCAAAGACAUGCAAACUGUUAGCAACAUCACUAACAAAACCGUCACUCAAAUCGGCAACGGUUCACUCACUUUCGAUUUCUUUGACGACGGCUUGAAAGACGACGAUCCCAUCAGAGCAAACCUCAGUGACUACACAUCACACCUUGAGCAUGCUGGGAAACAAUAUGUUUCCCAACUGAUCAAAAACCACGCCGAAUCGAAAACACCAAUUUCAUGCAUCAUAAACAACAUUUUCAUUUCUUGGGUUUGUGAUGUAGCCACAGAAAAUGAAAUUCCUUUUGCUAUUUUGUGGAGUGAAUCUAGUGCUGUUUUCACUACUUACUAUAACUAUUUCCAUAAACUUGUACCUUUUCCUUCAAAAACUGAACCUUAUAUCGAUGUUCAAUUACCUUCUGUUAUCCUUAAACAUAACGAAAUUCCUGAUCUUUUGCAUCCUUUUAACACAUAUCCAGUUUUAGGGACACUUAUCUUAGGACAAAUUAAAAACUUGUCGAAAGCGCUAUGUGUAUUAGUGGAUUCCUAUGAAGAUCUAGAGCAUGAUUUCAUCGAUUAUAUUUCGAAAAAAUCAGUCAUCAUAAGAUCAAUCGGUCCUUUGUUUAACAACCCAAGAAUUAAAAAUGCGAGUAACAUUCAUGGUGAUUUUGUGAAAAGUGAUGAUUCUAAUAUUAUAGAGUGGCUAAACUCGAAGCGAGAAGGUUCUGUGGUUUACAUUUCGUUUGGGACUAUUGUGCAUCUUCCGAAAGAUCAAGUGAAUGAAAUUGCAUAUGGGUUAUUGAAUUCUCAAGUUUCGUUUUUGUGGGCGUUAAAGCAAGAUGAAGAUUUGCAUGAUGGGUUUUUGGAGGAAACAAAUGGGAGAGGAAAAGUGGUGAAGUGGUGUCCACAAGUAGAAGUACUUGCUCAUUCUUCAGUGGGGUGUUUCAUGACACAUUGUGGUUGGAAUUCAACAAUGGAAGCACUUGCUUCGGGAGUUCCGGUGUUGACGUUUCCGGCAUGGGGUGAUCAACUCACAAAUGCUAAAUUCUUGGUUGAUGUUUUUGGUGUAGGGGUUAGAUUGGGCUAUGGUAGAGGUGAAAACAAGUUGGUAGCAAGAGAUGAUGUGAGGAAGUGCUUAUUGGAAGCAAUGGAAGGGAAGAAAGCGGAGGAGUUGAAGCAAAAUGCAAUGAAAUGGAAGAAAGCGGCGGAGGAUGCGGUGGCUGCUGGUGGAUCAUCUGAUCGGAAUCUUGAUGCAUUUAUGGAAGACAUUAAGAAUUAUGGCGCUGUUAAUAUUCAAAAGAUAUGAUAAAGUUCUAAACGAAUCACUUGACUCCAGUGGUAAAGGAGUUUGUAUAAGGAUGCAAUUCCGAGAAUAUCGGGUUCGAUUUUUAGGUGGGAUCAAUGUUUGUCAUUGUCCAUACCUCUCGGAAAGAAAAAAAAAAACUUUGAUUAUGUGCUUGUUCUUAUUGUAGCAAAUAAGGGCCAUCAAACCCAUUGUGUGAAAUAAGUCUAUAAAAUCCUAAAACAGAACAACAACUUAUUGGGUUGGGAGUUCAUCUAGUAUGUCUUAAAAAUAGUUCUUACUUGUCAAUGUAUUAUUAAUUACUUUUUAUUGAGUUAUAUACUUUAGAUAUUAUAUUUAAGAGAAUUAAAAUUAACUAAUGUUCAAUUUA